AGCUACAAAGUGAGCUCAAGGCCAGCCUGAGCUGCAUAGCAAACCCCUGUCUCAUAAAGACAAAAAAGAAAAGAGUCAUGCUGAUUUCAUAGAACAAUGUGUGGCAUUUGCUGUUCUGUAAGCUUUUCUGUUGAGCAUUUCAAGAAAGACUUAAAAGAAGAUUUACUAUAUAAUCUGAAACGGCGGGGACCUGACAGUGAUAAACAGUUGUUAAAAUCUGCUGUCAACUACCAGUGUUUAUUUUCUGGUCACGUCCUUCACUUGAGAGGUGUUUUGACCACCCAGCCUGUGGAAGAUGACAGAGGCAAUGUGUUCUUAUGGAAUGGAGAAGUCUUUGGUGGAGUAAAGGUUGAAACUGAAGAGAAUGAUACUCAAAUUAUGUUUAAAUAUCUUUCCUCUUGUAAGAGUGAAGCUGAUAUCUUGUCACUGUUCUCAAAAGUAGAGGGUCCUUGGUCUUUUAUAUAUUAUCAGGCAUCUAGUCAUCACUUAUGGUUUGGGAGGGACUUUUUUGGUCGCCGUAGCCUGCUUUGGCAGUUUAGUAAUUUGGGCAGGAGUUUCUGUAUCUCUUCUGUUGGUGCCCAGAUAUCCAGAGGGACAAAGCCUUGGCAGGAAGUUCCAGCAGCUGGCAUUUUCAGAACUGAUCUAAAUUAUGCAGCCAGUUCCAGAUAUGUGAUUUUAAAUUUCUAUCCUUGGAAACAUAUCUCUGAGGAGAAUGUUACUGAAGAAUGUAUUACUGUCCUGACUCAAAUUUCAACAGACUUACCAGCAUUUGUAUCAGUGGUGAUGAAUGAAGCCAAACUGUAUCUUGUAAAACCUGUUGUUCCUUUAAAUAUGAUGUCAUGCCAGGCUUCACCAGAAACUCAUUGCAGAAAAAUAUCCAGCGUCCCACCUACAAGAGAGACACUUCAGGUCUUUUUCACAGAUGAACACAUGAGAAGAGUAGUCCACCAGUUCCUUGACAUCUUGAGUGUUGCAGUCAAGAGACGCGUCUUGCAUUUACUGAGGGACAGAGACCUGCCACCAAAUGUAAUUUUAAAAUCUUGUGAUAGGAAAGCAAAUGUUGCAAUCCUGUUUUCUGGGGGCAUUGACUCCAUGGUGAUUGCAGCCCUCACCGAUCGCCAUAUCCCCUUGGAUGAGCCAAUUGAUCUUCUUAAUGUGGCUUUCAUGAUGAGAGAAAAGACCAUGCCAACUCACCUUAAUAGACAAAAACAGAAAGAUCACUGUGAAACACCUUCUGAAGAAUUCUCCACGAAUGCUGGUGCUGUUGAUGGUGAUUGUCUUGAUGAUAAAGUCCCAGAUCGGAUCACGGGAAGAGCUGGACUAAAGGAACUGCAAACUAUUAGUCCAUCUCGAGUCUGGAAUUUUGUUGAAAUCAAUGUUUCACUGGAAGAACUGCAAAAACUAAGAACAACACAAAUUUGUCACUUAGUUCAGCCCUUGGACACAGUGUUGGAUGACAGUAUUGGCUGUGCAGUCUGGUUUGCAUCUAGAGGGAUUGGUUGCUUAGCAACUCCAGAGGGGACAAAAUCAUAUCAGAGUGCUGCAAAGGUACUUCUCACAGGCAUUGGUGCAGAUGAACAGCUUGCGGGUUAUAUGCGUCAUCGUGUCCGCUUUCAGACCCUGGGACUGGAAGCACUGAAUGAGGAAAUAGCAAUGGAGCUGGGCCGGAUUUCUUCUAGAAAUCUUGGUCGUGAUGACAGGGUUAUUGGUGACCAUGGAAAGGAAGCAAGAUUUCCAUUUUUGGAUGAAAACGUCGUGUCCUUCCUAAAUUCCCUACCUAUCUGGGAAAAGGCAGACUUGACUUUACCCCGUGGAAUUGGUGAAAAGCUAAUUUUACGUCUUGCUGCUGUGGAACUUGGUCUUACAGCCUCUGCCCUCCUGCCAAAACGGGCCAUGCAGUUUGGAUCCAGAAUUGCAAAAAUGGAAAACAAUAAGGAGAAGGCAUCUCACAAAUGUGGAAGGCUCCAAGUCAUCUCUUGAGAAAAUCUUUCUUUUGAAAGGGAGACUAAAUUAUGAUAUGAUUUCAUAGUGGUACAAUAUUUACUGAAAGUUACAUAAAAAUAAAAUAUUGCUCUGCUUUA